CCGGUUUCGAACAGCCAACCACCUGCCUGCGGCUAAAGAACGUAUCAUUUGCGUUCUGGAAGAAAAUGGAUAAGUUAGAUUACGAUAUACAUGGUUGAAGGAGUAAAAGAUUAAACAAUUCAGUAUUUCUUAGUUAAAAUAAACUGAUCUGAUCUGCUUCGUGUAAGGCGAUCGUCUUUUACUGUGGCCAGCUGACGCGUCCCAUGGAGAAUGAUCCGUGCCUUGCGUAAGAAUUGCCAUCAGAAGCUGUGUCAUGCAUUUCUUGUGCUAUAUAACACACAGCAGACGAAAGAAUGAGAGUAAGAGUUCAGAGAAGAGUAAGAUUACGAGUACGAGUACGAGAAGAGAAAGAAUGGCUUCAGGACAACGGCGAAGCGAAUUGGAUGCGAAAGCCCGCGAGGGACAAACUGUUGUGCCCGGUGGCACUGGCGGCAAAUCUCUCGAUGCACAAGAGCGCCUUGCUGAAGGGCGAAGCAAAGGCGGGCAGACGCGGAAAGAGCAGAUUGGGUUCGAAGGGUAUCAAGAAAUGGGGCGCAAGGGUGGGCUGAGCACUAGUGAUAAAUCUGGUGAUGAGAGGGCGUCUGAAGAAGGCAUUCCAAUUGAUGAAUCCAAAUAUAAGACACGUUCUUAGAGUAAAUUGUGUGAUGAAUGAAGUUGUAUAUGUAGAUAUUGCGUAGGUGCUGUACUGUAGCUCUAGGAAGUGUUUUGUAUUGUGUGCCUGUACUGUUUGCUCUAUGUAUGUUCUCCUACAUACAGCAAUAUGCCUGUAGCAUUUUCCUUACCAGUGAUAUAUAUGAAAUGAACGUCGUUGUUUA